AUGCACAGCUUCAGUUCACACAGCAAGGCAGUUAUCAAGAAUGCCGACAUGGUUGAUGACAUGCAGCAGCGGGCAGUUGACUGUGCUCAAGUUGCCAUGGAAAAAUACAGCAUUGAGAAGGACGUCGCCGCACACAUCAAAAAGGAAUUUGAUAGGCUAUACGCUCCCACUUGGCACUGUGUCGUCGGUCGUAACUUUGGCAGCUAUGUAACUCACGAGAGCAAGCACUUCAUCUACUUCUAUAUGGGUCAGGUCGCGAUUCUUCUCUUCAAAUCUGGUUAA